CAGAAAGUUCAGGUUGGUCGCAUCCAACAUCUACGCCUGAAUCUUUAUUCCCUGACUUGGCCAAUAUGGAUGACCUUUAUGAUGAGUUCGCUACCUUUGCCUGCCAUGAUCUGCAGAUCAACUAACAAAACCGCAGAUUUGGAAACUUCAUUGGCGAAGCAGAGUCGUCCGAGGAUGAGAGUCAACCAGGCGUUGAUGCCGGGGCAUACGUAUACGAUGACGACCCAGAGGAUGUUCCCGAGGCCACAGGUCAGGAGCUGAUGGAAAUAGAUGGCGAGUACCACUGUGCAAGGAGGAAUUGAAGUGCUAACUUCCAUUCAGACGAAGGGCCAUCAAAUGCGGUCGUACUCCACGAAGAUAAACAAUACUAUCCUACUGCGCAGCAGGUCUACGGAGAAGAUGUCGAAACGAUGGUGCAAGAGGAGGAUGCCCAGCCUUUAUCAGAACCCAUAAUUGCACCCGUCGAGCAGAAGAAGUUCACCAUACAAGAAGCCGACCUCCCACCUGUAAAUUUCGACCGAAGCUUUAUGACGGACCUUAUGAACUUUCCAGAUCAAAUACGAAACGUGGCAUUGGCAGGACAUCUUCAUCAUGGAAAGACUGCCUUUAUGGACACAUUGGUUCUUGAGACACACGAUAUAGUGGACCGAUUGGAAAAGAAGACGGGAAAGAAACGAGACGAGCAGUUGCGCUAUACGGAUGUACACAUUCUGGAACGUGAGCGUGGCAUUUCAAUAAAAUCGGCACCAAUGAGUUUGGUACUUCAGAGUACGCAUGGAAAAUCACAUCUACUGAAUAUAAUCGAUACCCCCGGACACGUCAAUUUUGUGGACGAGGUUGCUUCUUCACUGAGACUCGUGGAUGGUGUUGUGCUUGUAGUUGAUGUUGUAGAGGGCGUUCAGGUCAAUACCGAACAAAUUAUCAAACAUGCGGUUCUGGAAGGUCUGCCACUUACACUGGUGGUCAACAAGAUGGACCGAUUAAUUUUAGAGCUUAAGCUUCCACCAUCGGAUGCUUAUUUCAAACUCAAACACGUUGUUGAAGAAGUCAACACUGUGAUCGAGAACACAUUACCCGGCCAGGGCGAAAAAAGAAGACUGAGUCCAGAAAAGGGCAAUGUCCUUUUCGCAUGUAGUAGUAUGGGAUGGAGUUUCACUCUGCAAUCCUUUGCCAAAAUGUAUGCUGAUCGAUAUCCACCCAAAACAAAAGGAAAGCCUGGAAUCGACGUACAGGAAUUUGCGCGACGAUUAUGGGGAGACAUCUUCUAUAACCCAAGAAAGCGCUCAUUCACACGAAAAGGCAUCGAGGAGGGUUCCAAGCGCUCUUUUGUCAACUUUGUGCUCGAACCUAUCUACAAAUUAUAUGCCAACACCAUCAGUGAGAGUCCAGAGGACUUGAAAGAGACUUUGGCUACACUUGGAAUAACUCUCAAACCAUCUCAGUACAAGACAGAUGCAAGCGUGCUUCUGAAGUUUGUCUGUGAACAAUUCUUUGGACCAUCAAAUGGAUUUAUUGAUAUGGUUGUGAACCACAUUCCAUCCCCUGUAGAAUCCGCUGAGAGUAAAAUCGAGCGGUACUAUACUGGCCCACUGGAUACUGGUGUUGCAAAAGCCAUGAAGGAGUGCGAUCAAGAUGGUCCUUUGGUCAUCCAGGUCUCAAAACUAUUCAAUACAAGCGACGCAACUGGAUUCUAUUCUUUCGGCAGAGUGUUGAGUGGAACCGCUCGACCCGGUUCUCAAGUUCGAGUUCUGGGUGAGGGGUACUCGAUUGAUGACGAAGAAGAUAUGAGUUUGGCAACUAUAUCUGAUGUGUGGAUAGCUGAAACAAGAUACAACAUUCCAACGGACGGCGUACCCGCAGGAAAUUGGGUUCUGUUGGGUGGCGUGGACAAUUCAAUCGUCAAAUCGGCGACAUUAGUUCCACCUACCCUCCCCGAUGACGAAGAUGCAUACAUUUUCAAGCCUAUUGCACAUUUCACUGAGUCGGUUUUCAAAGUUGCUGUGGAACCGAUCAACCCCUCAGAACUGCCCAAGAUGUUGGACGGUCUGAGAAAAAUCAACAAAAGUUACCCGCUUAUCACCACCAAAGUCGAAGAAUCCGGAGAACAUAUCAUCCUCGGAACGGGAGAACUGUAUAUGGACUGCGUUCUACACGAUUUGCGCCGUCUCUACGCAGAGAUGGAAAUCAAGGUCUCUGAUCCAGUCACACGAUUCUGUGAAACGGUGGUUGAGACUUCGGCCAUCAAGUGCUAUGCGCAAACGCCGAACAAAAAGAACAAAAUCACCAUGGUUGCCGAACCCCUCGAUCAAGGCAUUGCUGAAGACAUUGAAAGCGGCAAGGUCAGUAUCAAGAGCUCGAAUCGGGUCAUCGGGAAGUUCUUCGAGGAGAACUAUGGCUGGGAUCUAUUAGCUUCUAGAAGCAUUUGGGCGUUCGGUCCCGACGAUUUGGGACCCAAUAUCCUUCAAGAUGACACUCUUCCCUCUGAAGUAAGUUGGCACUUUCGCGUCAUUCAUGCAUUCCCAAUGACUGGAAAUUGUACGGAGGCGGUCGGCCCGUUUAUGCUGACGUAUCAUUUCUAGGUGGAUAAGCGACUGCUCAUGAGUGUCCGAGACACCAUCAGGCAAGGUUUCAGUUGGGCCAGCAGAGAGGGUCCAUUGUGCGAAGAGCGUAAGUCACUUUGCCCAUCCCAUCCUCUUUUCCUCAUCAUCCCAUCUUUUGGGGGCGUGGGUACAUGGUGGUAGCGGUGUGGUGCUGGAACUAUGUUGUCUGCACGUUGCACCCACGCCAUUCAUUGGCCCUCGCGGACCGAUAGCCCAUUCUGUGCAUUUGCCAUCACUCACUAACCAUCAAACCUGGCCACAGCCAUCCGCAACAGCAAAUUUAAAAUCAUGGACGUGACAUUGGCUCCCGAGGCGAUAUUUCGCGGGGGUGGUCAGAUCAUCCCCACAUCCCGACGGGCAUGCUACUCAUCCUUCCUCAUGGCGUCCCCGCGUCUGAUGGAGCCCGUCUACUCGUGCUCCAUGACCGGCCCUGCAGACUCGGUCACCUCGCUCUACACCGUCCUCGCACGUCGACGCGGGCACGUCUUAUCCGAUGGCCCGAUUGCCGGAACCCCUCUAUACCGGGUUAGUGGGCUGAUUCCCGUCAUCGACUCCUUUGGCUUCGAGUCGGACUUGAGAAUCCAUACCCAAGGACAGGCGACCGUCUCGCUCGUCUUUGAUCGUUGGAGUAUCGUGCCUGGGGAUCCCUUGGAUAAGGAUGUUAUCCUGCGACCAUUGGAGCCGGCGAGUGCGCAGGCGACGGCGAGGGAUUUCGUCUUAAAGACUAGGAGGAGGAAGGGGUUGAGUGAGGAUGUCAGUGUGGCCAAGUUCCUGGAGCCAGAGCUAUUCACGAGAUUGAAGGAGAGUGGAUUGUUGGAUGGUUGAGCGAUGAAGUGGCCAUUGUUUUGUCUAAUGACGAAGGCGCGAUAUUCAUGCAAUGGGUAGUUGGGAAGGCUGAAAUCUCAAAACCUGUUGAAGAUGGGAUCUCGCAAGGCGUUGUUACAAAAAGUAAAUCAAU